AUGCGCACGCCUCUGCCUCCCCGGCCGGAUCCUGUCGCGGACAACGACUGGCGGGCGAGCCUGGAUGCGGAGAAGAAGACAACGGUCAAAAUUCCAGCAUCGGAGCAGGCGAUGGUGCGUCAUUUCAACCCAGCCUGGAAGGCGCAGUACUCAUGGCUAACCCUGGAGUUUCAUCCCGUGCUUAUGCAGUACGGGAUGAAGUGCAAGGUUUGCAAGACACACGCACCUCACACUAAGUCUCCUUUUGGUCGAGGUGGUGCUGGUGGUCGUGAUUUCCAGAGGACAGCGUGCAAGCAACACGAUCAGUCUAAGGUGCACCUGGCUGCCAUGACCGCCGAGCGACUUGCACAAGGGACGGAGACAGAGCAGCGCAGUCUCCUCGACAUGCUGAGCCUCGACCCGCGAAUGGCUCGUGUGAUCAAGUGCCUUCAGGCUGCGUACUGGAUUGCUCGGCAUGAUGCCCCCAUUGUUCUGUACUCCAGCCUUGUGCGUUUCCUGGCAGAUCUGGGGUGUCCUGACAUCAAGAACGACGAAGCGUACGGCCGGUACUUCUCAAGGUACGCGUUCGGAGAGUUUGUAACCGCCCUGGCGAAGCACUUGAGCGAGCGGCAGCUGAAGGAGAUCAAGUCCAGCGAGUGGGAAGCGCUAGCCGCCAAGGACGCGGCAACGGAGAUCCCUGAGUUCAACGUGGUUGAUGCUCAGAUUCGCAAGACCGCCGAGCACCUCGGCCGCUCGUCUGUCGAUCGCAACACCUUCUUGCAUCUUCAGGAAGAGAUCCUGAAGACGAACCUGGAGGUCCAAGGGAUCUUCGCAGUGCGGUGGUUAUCUCGAGGAGACGCGGUGCAGAGGUUCUGCGACGUUCUGCCGUCCCUGCUUUGGAUGUGGAAGGAAGGGAACAAGAAGAUGUGGCGGAUUGGGAGCAGCUUCAAGUUCCAUUUCAUGCUGUACCUCCUUGCCGAUGUCCUUGACCUCCUCAACAUCCUCAAUCUGUCGUUUCAGAGGAACCGGGUCGACAUCGCAGAGGUUAAGAACCUCGUCGAUAAGCUCAAGACGAAGCUUGCACAGCGGUACAUCGAGCCUGGCGCCAAGUUCGGGUGCGGCACCAAGUCCAGGCUGCUGAAGUUUCUGGAAGCCCAUGCUAAGGACCGCAACAUGAAUGUGACUGGGCUGAACGCGGAUGGCGAACGAGUGAUCGAGGCUUUUGAGCUGCACGAAGAGCAACUCGACCCCGAUGAUGAAGAUGAAGGCGGCUCUGAUCUCGAGGCCUGCUAUGACCUGGGACGGAGGUUUGCAGAGGCGCUCAUCAAGAGCCUGUCAAAGCGGAUGGCAGACCUCCGCCAUUUUGACGGUGUGCAAUUUUUCGUGGCUGCCAGCUACCCUUAUCGCAGGGGUGACCAGGACAUGUGGUUCUCGUCCAACAUGGAGCAGCUACUGGAGAUGUUCAACCAUAAGCUUCCAGGUAUGGUUUCUGUAACACACACGGGCUGA